AUGUCUUCGUCUUCUUGGAACAAUGAUAUCCGUGUAGUUGUUUGUAUAGCCAACCCUGAGAUCGUAACAAAUGAAACAUGGACAGGUUAUUCUGGUAGAUUGAAAACCAAUACUGUGCUUCAAUAUAACGAUUCAUUUGAAAAGGUUGUGGCAUGGGGACAGCCUGCAUUGGCAAAACGUGAACGUAGAGGAAGAAAUAAUAAUCUAAACACUUCAAAAGUAAUUGCAGAGUUGUUUAAAUUGCAUUUAGGUAAUGUGCCUGAUCAUCAAAAAACAAAAUUGCCUGGAGAUUUAAGUCAUAAACGUGUCAUAUCCGAUUACCUUGAACAGAUUGACACAGUUGCGAUGAGAUGGCCAGGAAUUGAUUUCUAUAAAAAUGUUCGAUUAGUUCUUACAGUUCCAGCAGAAUUUAAUGAACAAGCUAUUGCUACAAUGAGAGAAUGUGCAUUUAAUGCAAAGCUAAUUAAUGUUAAAAAUACUCAAAAUUUACAAUUUACAACUGAGCCUGAGGCCGCAGCAAUACAUUGUAUGAAAGUUUUGAAAGAGCAUUCACUUACAGAACCAGGAACAUCAUAUAUGAUUGUUGAUUGUGGUGGUGGUACAGUGGAUUUGACUACAAGAAGAUUAAUGGAAGGAGAUACGUUAGGAGAAGUUACUGAAAGAUCAGGAGGUUUUUGUGGUGGAAGUUUUGUUGAUUUAGAAUUCAUAGACUUUCUUGGCAAAAAAGUUGGAGAAAGAGCCAUCAAAUUAUUAAAGGAAAAUCAUUAUGGUCAAUAUCAAUACUUGGUACAAGAAUUUUGUCAAAGAAUUAAAAUACCAUUUACAGGCGAUAGGAAAGACUUGGAUGGUUUUGAGUUGGAUAUUGAUGAUGUUUGUAAAGUUCUCAAGCAAUAUAUUUCGAGCGACAAAAAAGAUGAAUUAGAAGAUAAUGAAUGGCUUGUUGAAAUGACUUUUGAAGAUAUUAAAGGAACAUUCGAUCCUGUUAUUAAUAAGAUUAUUAAAUUAAUAAAAGAUCAAUUAAAAAAAAGUGGUAAAUGUUCUGCAAUGUUCUUAGUAGGAGGUUUCAGUGAGUCAAAAUAUUUGCAAAAAAGAAUUAGAGAUGAAUUUCGAUCUCAAGUUAAUAAUAUAUCAGUCCCUGUACAGCCAGUAGCAGCGGUGGUUAGAGGAGGAGUAGAAUAUGGUAUAAACAUGGCAACAAUAAAAUCUAGAGUAUUGAAGAAAACUUAUGGUAUUUUAUUAAUGCCACAAUUUCGAGCUGGAAUUGAUCCACCAGAACGCAAACUUGCACAUAAUCGUAUACAAAAAUUCAGUAAGGUGGUUCAAAGAGGUACAGAAGUAGGCGUGAAUCAAGAGUUCAAAAGAACUCUAAAACCAAGUUAUUCCCUACAAAGUGUCUUCUCCAUUCCAAUAUUUAUAACUACAAAUGAUAACGCAACUUACUGUGAUGAACCUGGAAUGGAGCUGUUGGGUCAAUUACAAAUGAAUUUACCUCAACAACACUUGGGAAUGGAUAGAGUAAUCGAGUUUAAUAUGAUAUUUGGUCAGAUAGAACUUCAAGCUUAUGCCAAAAAUAUUAAAACCGGUGAAGUUGCUACUGCAACCUUUAAUCUAAAAUUUUAA